UUACAUGUAUACCAUACUCACCUGAAUAAGAAAGCUUGAGGUACUGCUUGUUGAAUGUAUAGCUAGCCGUAGCUGCUAGCCACUGCCAGUCGAGUCUUCUAAAUUUCUGGAAAUGGCCAAAAAGAAUUUCUAUCAGCCCCUCCCCUUUUUUCCCCACACCCAAGGAAGGGAGAGCUUUAGAUCUAGAAGGCAACUGCCUAGCCGGCCAUCGUGAUCAAAGGCGCAGGCUGUGAGGAGCUUAACUGAGAAAAUCCACAGCAUCAGGUGCACAAAAUGUAUCGAGUAUCAGCACUUUGUCAAAAUAUUCGAUCGGCUCUCCAAAGACGUUCCAUUUCAUGUCUUUAUCACACCACCCCCUCAUACAGUGGACAACCCUCUAAUGUUGUAACGAGCCCCUUACCUCCCAUAGAGGACUCCCCGUUGGACCUCUACCGUCACGUCUUUCAAGACUUUCCAAAGUUUGGUAACAGAACAGCUGUUGUGGACGGCAUCACUGGCCAGGAGUUCUCGUACAACCAGAUUGACGAGCUGACAAGCAAGUUCUCCUCCGGUCUCAAUAGAAGUGGAUUCAAACCCGGAGAUGUAGUUGCUAUAGUAGAACCAAAUUCAACUACUUUUCCAGUUAUUUUUUUCGGCACGAUAGCUUCUGGCGGAAUGGUUACGACGUGUAAUUCAACGUUUACUGCACAAGAACUUUCCUUUCAGUUUCAGAACUCUAAUGCUAAGAUAGUAGCCACAGUGUCAUCAUUGCUGCACACAGUACAAGAGGCAAUCAAAGGAACAAACGUUGAGAAGAUCAUCUUGACCGAUGGAGACUCUCACGGUGGUAGGGAUGGUCAGGUGUCUUAUCAAUCUCUCCUUGACGACAGCGGCUCUUUGUUCAACCCUGUGUCCUCUGAUAUCCACAGCACGGUAGCUUUGCCUUACUCCAGUGGCACUACCGGCCUGCCCAAAGGUGUCAUGCUCACCCACCAUAACAUCACCUCUAAUGUCUCGCAAAUGCAUCACCCGGAAUUGUUUGAAUUAGGAGAACACUCUCGUUUAGUUGUUGUGGUACCAUUCUUUCACAUCUAUGGUAUGGUCAUAAUCAUGGCAAUGUCUAUGCGUUAUGGAAGCCAAUUUGCUGUGUUGCCAAAAUUUGAACCGGAAACAUUUCUAGCCACUUUACAAAACCAAAAAACUACUCUCGCUCACCUUGUUCCACCAUUGCUGCUGUUCCUAGCCAAUCAUCCUCUUGUCGACAAUUACGACCUCUCUUCACUGGACGAGAUAUUUCUAGCGGCUGCUCCUGUCGGAGGAGAGAUGAUCAAUGCUGUUCGAGAGAGGAUUGGAGUGAGACUAAUCCGACAAGGCUAUGGACUUACGGAGACUAGCCCUAUUACUCAUAUCUUGCCCAAGCAUUUAGGUGUGACCAAGCCAGACUCUGUCGGUGUGUGUGUGAAGAGUGUGAGCACGAAGAUAGUUGAUCCGGAGAGUGGUGGUGUGCUGGGUGUGGGGGAGGAGGGAGAGCUGUGGGUGGCCGGACCCAACGUCAUGAAGGGAUAUCUCAACAGACCAGACGCCACUGAGGCCAGCAUCACUCAGGACGGAUGGUUAAAGACCGGAGAUGUCGGCUACUUUGACAAGGAUGAGUGUUUCUACAUCACUGAUCGACUCAAGGAACUCAUCAAGGUCAAAGGUUUCCAAGUCGCCCCAGCUGAGCUGGAGGCCGUACUUUUAACACACCCUAAAAUUGCCGAUACAGCAGUUAUUGGGGUACCAGACAAGCGACAAGGGGAAUCCCCCAAGGCAUUUGUGGUCAAGAAGGAGGAGGGGCUGAGUGAGAAGGAGGUGGCAGAGUUCCUCGCUAGCAAGCUUUCCUCCCACAAGCACCUCACUGGUGGAGUGGAGUUCAUUGAUGUCAUCCCCAAGUCAGCCUCAGGCAAGAUUCUCAGACGUCUGCUAAGAGAUCAGAACAGAAAAUAUAUUAGAAACAUUGUGAAGAUGUAUAGAAUAUCAGCACUGAGUCGAUGGAGUCUCCCUCUUCGAUCGGUUCUCCAAAGAAGUUCCAUUUCAUGUCUUUAUCACACCACCCCCUCAUACAGUGGACAACCCUCUAAUGUUGUAACGAGCCCCUUACCUCCCAUAGAGGACUCCCUGUUGGACCUCUACCGUCAUGUCUUUCAAGACUUUCCAAAGUUUGGUAACAGAACAGCUGUUGUGGACGGCAUCACUGGCCAGGAGUUCUCGUACAACCAGAUUGACGAGCUGACAAGCAAGUUCUCCUCCGGUCUCAAUAGAAGUGGAUUCAAACCCGGAGAUGUUCUCUCCAUAGUUGCUCCCAACUGUCCUGCUUACCCAGUUCUAUUCUUUGGGACCAUAGCUUCUGGUGGAAUAGUGAGCACUUGCAAUCCUGCGUACACUUCACAAGAACUUUCCUUUCAGUUUCAGGACUCUAAUGCUAAGAUAGUAGCCACAGUGUCAUCAUUGCUGCACACAGUACAAGAGGCAAUCAAAGGAACAAACAUUGAGAAGAUUAUUGUGAUCGAUGGAGACUCUCACAGUGGUAGGAACGGUCAGGUGUCUUAUCAAUCUCUCCUUGACGACAGCGGCUCUUUGUUCAACCCUGUGUCCUCUGAUAUCCACAGUACGGCAGUUUUGCCUUACUCCAGUGGCACUACCGGCCUGCCCAAAGGUGUCAUGCUCACCCACUAUAAUAUCACCUCUAAUGUCUCGCAAAUGCAACACCCGGAAUUGUUUCAAUACGGAGAACACACACGACUAAUCCUUGUUGUCCCUUUUUUCCACAUUUAUGGAAUAACUUUUUUCAUGGCCAUGGCUAUGCGUUAUGGUAGUCAGUUCGUUAUCCUGCCCAAAUUCGAACCCAAAACGUUUUUGGGAGCUUUACAGGAUCAUAAAAUAACUCUUGCUCAUCUUGUACCACCAUUGCUGCUGUUCCUAGCGAAGCAUCCUCUUGUUGACAAUUACGACCUCUCUUCAAUGAACGAGAUACUUACAGGAGCGGCCCCCGCUGGAGGAGAGAUUGUGAAAGCAGCAAAAGAGAGGAUUGGAAUUGAAACCAUCCGUCAAGGCUAUGGACUUACCGAGACAAGCCCAGUCACUCAUCUCAUGCCUUUAUCACUUGGCAUGUCGAAACCGGACUCUGUUGGCAUUAAUAUUCGGAGUGUGAGCACGAAGAUAGUUGAUCCGGAGAGUGGUGGUGUGCUGGGUGUGGGAGAGGAGGGAGAGCUGUGGGUGGCCGGACCCAACGUCAUGAAGGGAUACCUCAACAGACCAGACACCACUGAGGCCAGCAUCACUCAGGACGGAUGGUUCAAGACCGGAGAUGUCGGCUACUUUGAUAAGGACGGGUGUUUCUACAUCACUGAUCGACUCAAGGAGCUCAUUAAGGUCAAAGGUCUCCAAGUCGCCCCAGCUGAACUAGAGGCCGUGCUCGUCUCACAUCCUAGAAUUGCUGAUGCUGCAGUUAUUGGGGUAACGGACGAGCGACAAGGGGAAUCUCCCAAGGCAUUUGUGGUCAAGAAGGAGGAGGGGCUGAGUGAGAAGGAGGUGGCAGAGUUCCUCGCUAGCAAGCUUUCCUCCCACAAGCACCUCACUGGUGGAGUGGAGUUCAUUGAUGUCAUCCCCAAGUCAGCCUCAGGCAAGAUUCUCAGACGUCUGCUAAGAGAUCAGAAAAUAAAUAAAUUGUAGAUCUACGUAUGUAAUUAUGUGUGC